UGUUACGCACACACAUUAACACCCGACACAUUUCAGACGGUGGGCUAACCAAACCCCUCUCCUAAACUUGUGCAAAUGGCUUGUUAAUGCGUCAGUAUCGGUUGUGUUAACGCCAAACAAGCUCAAACUCAAAAGCAGCAAGUGAAGACACAGGCAACUAAAACAAUAACACAAGCAGAGAGAAAAAUUACCUCACCUUUGACGCUAGCUAACGUUAGCCAUGCUAGCAGCAGGAAUCAAAUAAGUUACAUCCACUCCAGCUACAACAAGUUCAGUUAGUGAGCGCCCAUUGUCCUUUUUGGGAUAUGUAGCUGACAGAAUGAACUAAUUUGACCAAGAGGAGUGUUUAUAGCAGUUAAUCUUACAACAGAUCUGCUCAGCGGCCUGGAGUGUAUUAUAGUUAUGUUAGGUGACAGAAGAUAGCAAAGAACAAACAGCUUCUCAAGAAUUAGGUGAGAAGAUCAACACCACCUCUCACGCCUGUACGUAAGUACAAAGCUACAGCUAGCAGGCCGCUAGCAUAAAGAGUGGAAACAUGGGGAAACAGCUAGUGUGGCUCUGCCCAAAGGACAACAUAUUUUAUGCCUAGUUUUCAGUGAAUUUGGUUCCUUUUGAUGGCCGCCUUCACAUCUUCCACCAGCCUCAAGACUCGAAACCCCCAGAGAACCUCUGAAAACACUUCAAACAUCAUCUGAGCAAACAUCAGCUGUGCAGUCUCUGAACAGCCUGAAUGACCAGAUUGCAAGCUUCAUGGUGACUGGACCCAAGCCCCUGGAGCAGGAGGAGCCUGCCUUUCUUCCUCCUGAGAAGGACACACUAAAGAAGUCCAUGACCCUGAUGAGGCACCUCCUCGUGGAUGCACAGGCAAAAAUCCUGAAAAUGAUGGAUGACAACAAACAGUUGGCCCAGCGCAUUGAUGGGGCCAUUCAGUCCGCCAGCCAGGAGGUGACCAACCUGCGGUCAGAGCUCAGCGCCACCAGCCGCAGACUGGCCGAGCUGGGGGCAACAGACUCUGCCGGCAUACUUGAGACCCUGCAGCACAACCACAACGAUCCCUCUUCCCAGCCGAGGCAGAAGCCACCAGCCACUGACCUCUGCUACAAGACUGAAAUCAGCAGUCUAAUGGACUUCAACUCUCCGGACGCUUCCCUGGACAAAGUCCUGCUGCGUGAGGAGGUGGCCCAGCUCCAGGAGGAGGUGCACCUGCUGCGGCAGAUGAAGGACAUGUUGAGUAAGGACCUGGAGGAGACCCAGGGAGGCUGUUCGGCCGACGUGCUCUCUGCCACCGAGCUCCGCGUGCAGCUGGCCCAGAAGGAGCAGGAGCUGGACCGAGCCAAGGAGGCUCUGCAAGCCAUGAAGUCGGACCGUAAGCGCCUGAAGGCGGAGAAAGCAGACCUGGUGAACCAGAUGCAGCAGCUUUAUGCCACACUGGAGAGCCGGGAGGAGCAGCUCCGCGACUUCAUACGCAACUAUGAGCAGCACAGAAAAGAGAGCGAGGAUGCAGUGAAGGCGCUGGCCAAAGAGAAGGACCUGCUGGAGAGAGAAAAGUGGGACCUGCGGCGGCAAACCAAGGAGGCCACGGAGCACACGGGGAUGCUGCGCUCCCAGCUCGACCUCAAGGAGAAUCGCAUCAAGGAGCUGGAGGCUGAACUGGCCAUGAUGAGUAACUGUGUCAAUCAGAGAAUGGAGUACCGGGUGUUUGAGCGGGUUGCGGACAGGGACUACUCUCCUAGGGUCAUGGCGGCCAAACAGUCACUAGCCACCCUGACCAAGGACGUGCCCAAGCGUCACUCUCUGGCCAUGCCCACGGAAACUGUUGUCAAUGGCAACAACCAGGAGUGGGUGAUGCAGGCUGACCUUCCCCUGACUGCUGCCAUCAGACAGAGUCAGCAGACCCUCUAUGUCCACACAGGGCAUCCCACUGACAGACAAGUGGCUGCCGUGCGAGUGAGCCCGUGCCACUCGCGUCAGCCCUCCAUCAUCUCUGACGCCUCGGCGGUGGAGGGAGACCGGUCAUCCACGCCCAGCGACAUCAACUCACCACGCCAUCGGACUCACUCCCUCUGCAAUUCCCUAGAAGAUCUGGAGGAGGCGAAGCGUAAGAAGAAAAAAGAGAAGAUGGGGCUGGGCUCCCUGUCGCGUGUCUUCGCGCGGGGCAAGCAGCGCAAAUCCCUCGACCCCGGUUUGUUUGAUGGUACUUCAACGCCUGAUUAUUACAUAGAGGAAGAUGCAGACUGGUAAAGCACACAUGUCUGAGCGAACCACCUGGAGAGCCUUUGUGGCAAUUAUCAGAAGACGAGCGUUGUGUUGAAGCGUGUGUGUGAGAGGAUGGGUGUGUGUACAGAUAUAAUAACGUGUGUGCCAGUGCAAGUCUCAUGUGCAAGCAUACUUAUGUGUAUGAGAGUGUGUGCAUGCGUGUGUCGCCCGUGGUCAGAGACCAUGUGAGAAGCUGGAGGCGCGUCUUGCUUCGCUGAAGUGUACACCUUAACGAGCACCUGUAUGUAUGUACAGUCCUGUAAAUAGAGUGGACAGUGUGACACAGCGACCGUUUGGAUAAGUUCUAUUGAAUCUGCCCUCCAAAACGGCUGUGUUAUUGGAUCUUUUAAUUGUUCUCUACAUUUUGACUUUUUGUUUUCACUCAACUGGAAACUUGAAGGACUGCUGUACUUGUAAAUAACACAGUUGAUGUGCACUUUGUGCGUGUAAAUGUCUCCUUGUCCUGAAUGCCUUUUGUUAUUUUUGACAUGAACUCCCCUCCUCACUACCUUUUAACUUAAACUCCUCCCUGUUUAUUGUCUUGCUUGGUCCAUCCCCCCCUCCUUCCACUCUGCCAUGAUGAGAACAGUUUCCUGUAGGCAACAUGCAGACUCCUCAAAUCCACCUCUAAUUCGAUUGUACAGCACAUCCCUCAGCCGCCAAGAAAACCGCGCACUCCUUGAUGUUUGCUGAAAUGAGACUUCAAAGACGCUGCUAAGCGAGGAACGAACUUUCAAUGCAGAACAGUUUGUUCCACGGCAACAUGAAGCCAAACAGGAAAUGUAAGAAAUGUGUUUUCUAUCUGUUAAGAUAGAAGGUACAUGCCUAAGGUGUGACAUGCAUGCACAUAGUCCCAGUCCCCAAAUGCAUGUUGAACAAAACCCUACUGGACAGAAAUGUCUUUCUCUGGGUAUGUUGUCGAGGGGGUGAAAAACUGUCUGUUUAAAAAAAAAAACAAAAAAACAAAAAACAAAAGAGAGGUCAGUUACUGAUUUCAUGAUGUUUCCUCAUGACUUCCUCCAUUUGAAAUGUUACUCAGAAAACGUUCUUAUGAAUGUUCAAGAGCUUAACAUCCCAAACUAAAAAUAGAAUGUUUUAAUCUGCACCUACAAGGCUCUUUAAUGCGAAAUUACAUUUGAAAUAUUAAAGGUCAGCAAAGUCAGCAGACACAAAGAAAAAUCCAGCACCACACUAUAAAUGUUUAAAUAAUUAUUCCACUUAUUCAUGAGGCAUUGUACCAUUUUCUCUCUGUAAGAUCCUACAGUAGCUUGUAGCUAUCAUUUUAUUAAUGCUUAAACAAGGCUAGUGGGAGCAGAAUUAUUCUGGGAAACGUUAGUCUAAAAAAAGAAAGCUAUUAUCACAAAAUAAGUGAUAGCAUAAACAUCAAUUAUACUAACAUAGUAGAUAUUUAACUGGUGGUCAUUUUAACAGAAAAUCAGAACUUCAAUUUAGAGGUCUGAUCACGGAGCAGAAAUUAAAUGAACUGUUAUAACAAUAACAAGUGCCAACUCAGGAGGUUAAAAAUCAGAUUUAAGCAGGCUAAUCAAACUGAAGUAAAUGCAUACCUUCUGCCAUGACCCCAUGAACUCGGCAAAAAAAAAUCAGAUGCAGGGUUCAGGCCAUUGCUGAAAAAGGCAAUUAACUUUGUGCCAAAGGUUAAUAGCAUUUAUUCAAGCAAAAGAAUAACUACAGACAUUGGAUUAUUUUCAUCCUUUCAUUGGAUUGAGCCGGAGUCUGCACUGCCACCCCCAGGAAAUCUUUUCUCUCCCUGAUAUUAAACUAACACUGGGUAUUUAUCAAUUUCUUCUGAAAACCACAGAGUCACAGAUUACAUUGUGAGCUGUAUUUAACCGCACUGCUUGUCUAAAGAGCGUCUGUGUAAGCGGUGAGGGGAUUAUCAUUUAACCCUUAGCUCAACCUACAUUUGGAUGUGGAGGUGAAUCACUAAGGUAAUUCAGAGAUAAAACUAAUAAGUAUGUAUAAGAACAACAGCUCAACCAGUUUUAUUUCAUUAAUGAAUGAAAUGUAUGAACAUCUAGGCUAUUUUUAGUUUUUCAUUUAACCAACCUUUAUGAUCCUCUGCUGCUGGGGGAAAAAACAUAUCAAAUGAAAAACAUUGUAUGAUUUUUAUGUUUAGAGCCACGGCCUCUUUGAGUUUACUUUUUUGUUUUUUUCCACAAAUAUUUUUCUUUUUGUAAAUGAGAUAGCAUUACAGAAAUAAAAUUAAUAUUAUUAUUAAAGAGUUUUAUUUAAGGUCAAAGAUGUAGGCCUCAGUGGAGGACUUCACAUUUUGAGGUCCUGAGAUGUUUAGAAGUGGAUAGUAGCAAACUUUUAAAGGCAUGGCAACAAAAUUACGCUCAAAAGAACUAAAUGAGAAAAAUAAGAUUAUUUUAAAAUAAAAUAAAUAACGUUGAAUUUC